AUGGCAGCCAAGGCUCACAGGUUGGUAGCUUCCGCUAACCCCCCUCCAGAAAUACCACCUGGUUCCCUCCGCUUCCUGUUUGGUAGUGGCUUCCAUCGAAGGGACCGAGUGCAAUGUGCGACAGUGAAGCUCAAGACGUAUGAGGAGGAUGCUCCUGGAACGGAGAUUGGGAAUUUGUCUCAUCAGUGGAAGAUAGAACCGGGUAACAACUACACUGAAACAAGUUUUCGCUUUAUGGAAGAAGCGAACUCGUCAGUGAUUCACUUGGGACCUUCCGACGGACUUCUAACAGUUAAAGAGGUCAUUGACCGGGAGCAGCUCUGCGCUGAGUCGCCUCGAUGCCUCAUGAACUUCGACAUUGUCGCUUUCUACAAGGAAAAGUAUGAGCUGAUUCACGUGGAAAUCGAGGUGAAAGAUAUCAAUGACCAUUCACCGCAUUUUCCGCACAAUGAAUCAAAUUUGGAAAUUUCAGAGAGUGUCGCUGUGGGCACAAGAUUCCCAUUAGACAUUGCAGUGGAUCAGGAUGUCGGUAACAACUAUAUUCAAACUUAUGAAGUUUCUUCCAACAAACAUUUUGGAAUUGAAGUACGGACCAGGGAGGACGGAGUUAAACAUGCUGAGCUUGUGUUAUUACAAGUGAUGGACAGAGAAGCAGAGGAGUCAUAUUCAAUUAAAGUGUCCGCAACAGACGGCGGAAGUCCUCCUAGUUCGGGGUCCAUGAAAGUUCAUAUUACAGUACUUGAUUCCAAUGAUAACAGUCCGUCGUUUGAGCAGAGUUCAUACAAAGUCGAGCUUCAUGAAGACGCGCCCAUCGGUCUUCUUCUGUUAAAGGUGAAGGCGUUCGACCCUGACGACGGUAUUAAUGGCGAGGUUGUGUAUGGGUUUGUCGAAGAUUCACCGUCCGAGAUUAAGCGGGUGUUUAAAAUAGAUGCUUAUUCUGGCUCUCUAACUUUAAAAGCUGCAGUUGAUUAUGAGAAAAGGCGUUCAUAUGAACUAAAUAUUCACGCCUAUGAUUUAGGCAUAAACUCAGUCCCUUCCGUCUGUAAAGUAAUUGUAAAAGUAACCGAUGUAAACGACAAUGCGCCAGAAAUCCGCAUCAAACCAAUGACAUCGACGACUGACGAAUUCGCCUACAUCACAGAGGCCGCAGCUGCAGAGAGUUUUGUGGCUUUGAUCAGAACCUUGGACAGAGAUUCCGGUUACAAUGGGAACGUGCGCGUUCGUUUACACGGGCACGAGCAUUUCAAGUUGCAACAGGCGUAUGGCGAUGCCGUCAUGAUAGUGACCACAACAACUUUGGACAGGGAAAAAAACCCUGAGUACAAUUUGACAGUGGAAGCUGAAGACCUAGGAUCACCCCCCUUCAAAACCAUAACACAAUACUCAAUUAGAGUGAGUGAUGAAAACGACAACGCUCCCGUUUUCAGCAAAUCAGUUUACGAAGUUUCCGUUAUCGAAAACAAUUCUCCAGGCUCUUAUAUUACUACGGUAGUGGCACGCGAUCUUGAUAUAGGUGACAAUGGUAAAGUCGUUUACAGAUUAAUAGACAGAGACGUGUUCGGAGGAGUGCCUUUAUCGACCUUCAUCUCUGUAAACCCAGUGUCUGGAUCUUUAUAUUGUGCAAGAUCAUUUAAUUAUGAAUUAGUAAAGCUCUUGGAAGUGAAUAUUGAGGCCACUGACAGAGGUUCCCUGCAGUUAUCAAGCACAGCCACAAUUAGAAUCAAAGUUGUUGAUCAAAAUGAUAAUUCGCCAUAUAUUACGUAUCCCGUUUUACACAACGAUGUUGCUGAUGUGCCUAUCCCUUAUAAUGCACCGUACGGUUACCUUGCUCUUCAGGUCAAGGCUCGAGAUGCCGAUGAAGGCCCAAACAGUCACCUUACCUUCCGUAUUUUGGAGGAUAAAAAUCGUUUUUUUUCUAUGAAGAAAGACAGCGGUGAAAUAGUUCUGAAAUACGGCCUGACAGUCAUGCCCGGAGAGAUCCUGGAAAUAAAGAUUGCAGUCACCGACAAGGGGAGAUUGCCGCUCUCAAGUAGUGCCAUUAUCCGCUUCCUUGUCACAGAAAUGCAGCCUUCUGAACACCACAUUACAGUCGUGCUGCCGCCAAAGGACAACGAAUAUUCGAGCCUGGACAUUUCUUUCGUAGUUAUUAUCAUGCUUGGUGGGGGUUGUGCCCUGCUGCUCAUAGCAAUUUUGAGUGUUGCCAUCUCGUGCAGAAACUGCAGAAACAACGUAGACAAGAAAAGUGUCAGGUCUGGUCUUUUUGAAAGGAGCUCUUUAGAUAUGCACAUCUCAUUGAACUCAAAUGGAUUAUCCAAAGCUCACUGUCUGGUCAAUGACCAAACUAUGUCUUCACUGGAUGAGUUGACCUGCGUUUCUGGGGAGAGAAGUGGCGACUCUGAGACUAAGGUUUUCCUCCCUUCAAAGUCUUUUGGUCCAGAAAGCCUUUGCACAAAACCGUUUGAACAAGAAUCCCUGUGGUCGGGAGAAAAGAACCGAGCACAACACAGAGGCACUGGGAGCACAGAUCAACUGAGUGUAGAAGACAGUGGAAAAGGAGACAGUGACUUCAAUGACAGUGGCUCUGAUAUCAGCAAUGGAUGCGGACAGAAUCCCAAGACUUCUUGUCCAUUGGAAAACAGUUCUUUUCAACCUGCCAACACCAUCACUGUGGCUCAGCAGGAACGAUACCGUGUAAUCCCAAAUCACAACACUGCCCCCUGUAGGAAUGGAUACACAAUAGCUUUUUCCCAUGCACCAGUCUACAGCGCCUUUGCUUAUCCUGCUUCCUGGAGAGACUAUGGCUAUGGUACGAAUGUUCCCGAUACAGUAGGCUCUCACCAAUCACAGAUGCUUCUGAGGGCAACCACCGUGUCUUCCCACUUCUACCACCACAAGAAGGAGACUGAGAUCCAGCCAGAUGACCAGUCCCAGAAGAGCAAGGCUCCAACUGCACACACUCUAUCAGAGGUUGUUUAA